AUUAAUAUAAUGGCAUCAAGACAAAGACAACGCGAAGAUGAGGAGGAGGAACAAGCUGUUGAUGUUGAGGCAACUGAACAACAAGAGGAGGAAGAGGAGGACGCUGGUGGACCAAUCCCAUUGUCUAAAUUGGAAGUCAAUGGUAUUACAUCUGCCGAUCUGAAGAAGUUGGCCGAAGCAGGCCUCAACACCGUCCAAGCCAUCGCAUUCUCCACCAAGAAGACACUGUGCGCCAUCAAGAACAUCUCUGAGCCAAAGGCCGACAAGUUGUUGGCUGAGGCUGCCAAGCUGGUACCAAUGGGCUUUGUCAGCGCCACCGACUUCAACUCACAGAGAAAGCAAAUCAUCCAAAUCAGAACGGGCUCAAAGGAGCUUGACAGUCUGCUAGACGGUGGUUUCGAGACUGGCUCAAUCACAGAGAUCUUUGGAGAGUUCAGAACUGGCAAGACGCAAAUCUGCCACACACUGUGCGUCACUUGUCAACUGUCCCUCACGCAAGGUGGUGGCGAGGGACGUGCACUGUAUAUUGAUACCGAAGGAACAUUCCGUCCCGAGAGACUGCUGGCCAUCGCCGAACGAUACAACCUCAAUGGUGAACACGUGCUCGACAAUGUCGCUUAUGCCCGUGCCUACAACUCUGAUCACCAAAUGCAACUGCUGAUACAAGCCUCAGCAAUGAUGUCAGAGGCCCGCUACGUACUGCUCAUCGUAGACAGUGCCACAUCAUUGUACAGGACCGACUACAGUGGCAGAGGUGAGCUGUCCGAUCGUCAGAGACAUCUUGCUCGCUUCCUCAGAGCACUUCAACGUUUGGCCGAUGAGUUUGGAGUGGCCGUCGUCAUCACCAACCAAGUUGUGGCAUCAGUCGAUGGAGGUGCCAUGUUCAAUCCCAACCCAAACAAGCCAAUCGGUGGACACAUCAUUGCACACGCCUCCACCACCAGACUAUCACUGCGCAAGGGUAAAGGAGAGAACAGAAUCUGCAAGAUCUACGACUCGCCCAAUCUUCCAGAGGACGAGAAGCAAUUUGCCAUCUAUGGAGAUGGUAUUGGAGACAUCAAAGAA